CCAAUAUGCCAAGUGUCAGCAGCUGCCGCACCUUAACCCGAGCGCCUGCGUUAAAGUGAUUGCAACGCUUCUACGAAUCGUCGUCUCCGUGCCAAUCAUACACUGCUCUUCUCCUCCGCAAUCUAUCACCCAAAUGGCCUCGCCAUCUGAUCACAAAGCCACCAUUAUCGACGGCAAAGCCAUCGCUCAAACUAUCAGAUCCGAAAUCGCUGACGAGGUGCACCACCUCUUCCAAAAAUACGGCAAGGUGCCAGGCCUAGCCGUGGUAAUUGUUGGGGGCAGAAAAGAUUCUCAAAGCUAUGUGGGGAUGAAAAGAAAAGCGUGUGCUGAAGUUGGGAUUAAGUCUUUUGAUGUGGACCUCCCUGAGGAAGUACCCGAAUCCGAGUUGAUCAGCAAGGUUCACGAGUUAAAUGCAAAUCGGGAUGUACAUGGUAUAUUGGUUCAGCUCCCCUUACCAAAGCAUAUAAACGAAGAGAAAGUUUUGAGUGAAAUUAGCCUUGCGAAAGAUGUGGAUGGUUUUCAUCCUCUGAAUAUUGGCAAACUUGCAAUGAAAGGCCGAGAACCCCUUUUUCAGCCUUGUACUCCCAAGGGAUGCCUUGAACUGCUAGCACGCAGUGGUAUAAGCAUAAAGGGAAAAAAUGCUGUUGUUGUGGGUCGAAGUAACAUAGUUGGAUUGCCUGUUUCAUUGCUGCUGCUGAAGGCAGAUGCUACUGUUACCAUUGUUCAUUCACGUACGCCGGAUCCGGAAAGGCUAGUUCGUGAAGCUGACAUUAUAAUUGCUGCAGCAGGACAGGCUAUGAUGAUCAAAGGCAGUUGGAUCAAACCUGGUGCUGCAGUUAUUGAUGUUGGGACUAAUGCUGUUGAUGACCCAAGUAAGAAGUCAGGAUAUAGGUUAGUGGGAGAUGUGGAUUUCCACGAAGCAUGUAAGGUGGCUGGAUGGAUAACUCCUGUUCCUGGUGGUGUGGGCCCAAUGACCGUUGCAAUGCUGCUCAGGAAUACGUUAGAUGGAGCAAAGCGUGUGAUUGAGCAGUGACUGGUGAGGUUCUCUCAUCUCAUUGUUGUGUACUUCAUAAUAAGAUUUGCUCAGUUUUAACCUCUGAGCCAGAUCUCUGACUUCAUAGGGAAAAAAAUUUUUUUUGUAAGUAUAGAGAUAUCGUUGUCUCCCUCCCAUACUCGAAGUGUGGUAUAUUUGUUAUUAUUGCCAAAUUCUGAAAACAAGUUGAACUGCAAUUUCAAGUACUUUACAGAGCAGGUUUCAUAUGGUUUUA